AUGUCGAGGUUGUUUAUUGGGGCAACUUCUGCUGUCUCAGGCACUGUUAUUUUUGCCUGUUUAAUCUAUUGUGGUAUUCUUUUCAAUGAUAUCAAUAAUUUGUAUUCAGAUGUUCUCGACGAUAUGCAUGAGUUCAAAGUAAGUUAUUCCAAAAAAAUCGGGACUAUUUCCACAAAAAAAUAAUUUUUUAGUUGAUUGCAAAUGAUGCUUGGCAAAAAAUGAUUGAUAUAAACGAUCCUCGUUCAAUCGAUCAAAUUCUUUUUCCACGUUCAAAGAGAUCAACUUGUAAUUGUGGACCACAACCAACAAAUUGUCCUCCUGGUCCAGCUGGACCACCAGGAGAACCAGGAAUUGCUGGAGAUGACGGAACACCCGGACAAGCUGGAAAUAACGGAAAUGACGGAAUUCCAUCCCCGAUUGAUGCUUAUGCUCAACAUGAAUGCAUUAAAUGUCCAGCUGGAGCAGUUGGGCCAAAAGGACCUGAUGGGCCAGCUGGGCCAAAAGGAUCGGACGGACAAAAUGGAUUGCCGGGACAAAAUGGGCAACCAGGAAAGAAUGGAGAAAUUGGGCCAAUUGGAGACCAAGGACAAUCUGGAACACCAGGAACACCUGGAGAAAUUGGUGCACCAGGAAAGAAUGGGCAAAAAGGACAUGGUGAACAAGGACCACAAGGACCUGCUGGGCCACAAGGAGAAGUUGGAAAACCAGGAGCUGAUGGAAAACCUGGAGCUGAUGGACAACAAGGACCACAAGGAGAAGCUGGACUUGAUGGUAAACCAGGAAAUGAUGGACCAGUUGGAGGUCCAGGAGAAACUGGAUCGGAAGGAGCACCAGGAGCCGAUGCGGCUUAUUGCCCAUGUCCACCAAGAACUGUUGGAUAUGGAGAAGAAGCUGUUAAAGCAACUGAAGCACCAGCUGGUUAUGGAAGACGUAGAAAGGUUGCGAGAAGACAUGCUUAA